AUGGAUAUCAUUGAGUUCCUUCAGUACAUUUGGAAAAACUUUGGUAUUCUAGCUAUAUUAUUCUUUACAGAUCUCUCACUUUGGCCUCAAGCCCGCUACUUACUUCCUAAAAUAAAAUCGAGAACAGUUGCCAGUAUUUAUCAUAUUGUUUCCGGUUUGCUUUUCUGCUUAGUAUUAUUCGGAAAACAGCUUCCUUUUGCUAUUGCUAUGGCUUUCGGCACAUGGCUUACAUUAAAUAUGCACAUUGGCAUUGCAAUUGCCGUUGAUUGCUUCUUCAACACAUUGAUUCAUAUUUAUCUCAUUGUUUUCCUUGGUGGCCAAUGGAAAUUCGAAGUAUCCACAAUCGGAAUGAUCAUGUUCCACAAAGUCCUCGGAACAAUUUUCAAUCUCUACUACGGAAAGAAGAUGAAAGCCGGCGAAAAGAUCAAGAGGAAAUUCCACGAGGAUAUGGCCAUAUUCGAAAGACCACCUCUUCUUGAAUGGCUAGCUUUCUGUUUCACUCCAUUUGGAGGCAAUUCUGGUCCAGCCAUCGAAUUCAAGCUCUUCAGUGUUAUCCUCGAUGCCGGCACCAGCGAACAUAUCAAGGAUGACUCUAAAGAUCGCAAGCUCGCCCGCAGUCGCUGGAUCCACUCCAUUGUCAUGGCUUUAGUCAAUUUCGUCCUCAUGCCAUACACAAAAUUCGAAGUUUACACUGGCAAAUGGUUCACAAGCCUUCCAUUCUACGUCAGACCAAUUGUUACCCUCUUAAUUACUCUCGCAAACAUUACACGUUACCUUUGCGCAUGGCUUAACGUCGAUGCUGCUUACUACGAACUCGGACUUGGAAGCUGCGGCUUCGCAACAUACGAGGAUGUCACAAACGGCACAAUUCCAGAAUUAUUACAGACAACAUCUGUUGGCCGCUGGAUUCAAGAGUGGAACCACACCGCCCAUCUUUUCUGGAAGAAAUACCUCUUCUAUCCAAUGCUUGACAACGGAGCUCCUUAUGUUUACGCUCAUAACGCUGUUUUUGCCGCUUCUGCUCUUUGGCAUGGUUUCCAUCCAGUAUAUUACAUGGUUCUUCCAGAAAUGCUCAUGGCAACAAACGCUGACUUGAUUUUCGAAAAGCAUUUCCCAAUUACCGAGAAAACACCAUUCUGGAAGACAAUUCCAAGAAGAAUCUGGGUUAUUUCAACCAUGUUGAACUCAAUCUCUCCAUGGUGGUACAGAUCUGCACACGCAGUUAUCACAAUCAAGAGAAAUAACUACUGGUUCUUCCCAAUUUACGAAUUUAUUGUCUGGUCUGCUGCAAUGAUAUAUGACAAGACACAUCCAAUCAAGAGGCAAAAACCAGCUAAGCCACAGAACGCAGAACAGCCUCAGAAUACAGAAAAGCCUAAGGCUGAAUAA